AAACCCAAAAUUCCUAAAAUCCCAAUCCAGAAGAUGGAGUGGAGAGAGGCACCACCUCAUCCCAUCCCUCUUAUCCCUUCCUGCCUUUUUUUACCCAAAAACUCCAAACUCAAACAUCAAACCAAAGAAAAUGUCACUCACAGCUUCACUUCUCCACCUUUCUCCCAAGCUCUCCACCCAAUUCCUCCAUGGCUCCUCCACCCCUCUCUCUCCUCUCUCCAAACCCACUUCCUCUCUCUCCUUCCCAACCCUACAACGCCACUCUUUCCUCCCUCCCGUCAGAGCCCUGAAGUACCUUCAAGGCCGAGUCGUCUGCUCCACAAGCGACAAGACCGUCGCCGUUGAGGUCACUCGCUUGGCCCCACACCCGAAGUACAAGAGGAGGGUGAGGAAGAAGAAGAAGUACCAGGCUCACGACCCAGAAAACCAGUUCCAGGUUGGGGACGUUGUGCAGCUUGAAAAAAGCAGACCCAUUAGCAAGACCAAGACUUUCAUUGCUGUUCCGCUUCCUGCCAAGAAUGUGAAGAGCAAGUCUGGUGAAGAAGAUGCAUCCAAAGAGCUUGGGAUUCCUUUGGAGUCUCAGCAGGUUUAGAGUGAGGUCCAUGUUGCUGUUUGAUUGUUCAUUUUGUGAUUUGGAAUGAGAAUUUGUGUAAUUUGGUCGAAAAUGAUUCAAUGCUUAGCUUUUUGUUGCUUGGAAUUAGUAUAAUUUUAAUGGGUUUUUGGUAAUGGAUUUCAUAUUAACCUAUUUAACUGAUUUUGUUCUA